AUGUCGGGCAUUCCAGUUUACACCCGAGAUCCAAUAAACCCGUCCAAGGCGUCUGGCGUUACUCCGCAAACUCAGCGAGGCCCUCCUCGUUCAGACGCCUCACCACCGACGACGACUGCUGCAUCCUCCUCUUCAUACCCAGCUGCACAGCCAGGUGCAGCUGCGGUGCCCGCGCCAACCAGUGCCGCUCAGCAUUAUGCACCUGUACAACCUACCUCUACCGCCAAGACCGAUCUCGACAUACCCCCUCCCCCUCAAUCGGGCCCAGUUCCUACUCCGUUAGCAAGCUCAAGGAAGAUACCCCCUCCUCCCAAAGCAUCCGAAAAGUCCCAAGCCCCACAGCAACCAUACCCUCCUCGAAUGUCUAUUCCUCCUCCUACCGCAGCAUAUGGCGCCCAGCCUCCUGCCUCAUCGAGCAGUAUGGCGACGACCUCUUCUUCAGCGUAUCCUGUUAACCUACCCACUGCUUGGAAUGGAGCUCCCCGACGAAGCCUUGAGCAUCCACCCGGCUAUCAGCAGAACAAAUACGCCUCGGAUUUCACAAGUGAUCCGAGAUGGGCACAGGGGACCAGUAAUUCUUCGGGCCUAGGAGAUAGUCCUGAGAAGACUGGUGGUAUUGACACUGAGGACGUAUGGAAUACAGCCAAGCAGUGGAUUUCUGCAGCGGGGGAGAAACUCUCACAGACAGAAGCUGAAAUCUGGCGGAGAAUUAGUAAGGAAUGA